AUGGCUGCUCCUCCCCGGCGCAGAAGACUCCCAGGCCACCGCAGGCGCGUCGAGGAUGAGGGAGAAGACGAGGGCGGCCCCGAAGCCCUUGACCUGCUCGAUGACGACUCCCUGACGGAAGGGUCUGUGGUCACCGAGGACCACGGCGCCGCCGAUGACAGUGACACAAGCAACGUUGAUGAGGCUUCGCCCACCUCGCCCAAUGCCCGGAAGGCGGUGGGGAAUGGCAUGGCCCGCCAAGGCCGCGGAAAACCAUCCGAGCUGGCGGACAAGACUGCUCGGGCCACCGUCACCGAUACCGAGAUCAUGCUGAACGGGCUGUCACUCAAUGACAGCACCGCACCGGCGCAAGAGAUGCGUUUCGACGAUCUGCACACGCCUCCUACCAAGUCUUCAGCUCCAAUCGUCGUGAGCUCGGCCUCGAGGCCUCCUUCGCAAAACACACACCCGGAGCCCCCUUACGAACGCCGCCGCAGAGAGCAUGAGGAGUACCGGAGGAAGCGGGAUGAGGACCCCGCCUUUGUACCCAACAGGGGGGCUUUCUUCAUGCAUGAUCACCGCGGAGCCGGUCCGUCCGCCAACGGCUUCCGUCCCUUCUCCAGAGGUGGCGGCCGAGGAGGCCGGGGUCGCGGCGGCUUCAUAAACCAGGGCCAAGGCCACAUCCCCUUCGUCAACCCCGGACAGCAGAUGGGUAAUGUCUCGGACCCUACGACCAACGCCCCUUGGGCGCACGAUAUGCACGAAGCCGUGGCAACCGAGCCCAUGGCCACCUCUAAUCCCCGCCAUACGCAGUACGUAUUCAACAACGGCGAGGGGCCCCUCAACGGGAACAACUCUAUCCCUCGUCGCCAGCCCAACCCACAGCCGAUCAACCGAACACUAUCGACCGAAAGGCAUAUCGGAAAUGCUCAAGUCCGCGUCUUCUUGCCGCCCAUGAAGGAGCCUCUCGUUUUCUCGGGCGUCGCCAUGAAGCAAUACACCAAGCUGCCCGACCACCGGCCCCCCCUCCGUCGCGAUAAGCCUGUCCGGAUCUCCCUACCUGACUUCCCACCGCGCUACAUCUUCCCUGCCAUCGACAGAUCUUUCAUCUUCAUACCUAGGGCGAUGCGGCCGAACCAGCAACGCAUGCGGGGUAAGCCGAGGUCGGUCUUCGGCUCCGUCGGCGGCUUCUCGAGGCGGACGAGUAUAUAUGGUGGCGGUGGCAGCUUCUACGGCAGCAUGUACUCGCCUAGCAUCGCCAUGAGCAGGCGCUCAUCCAUUACGCACGACAUGGGCCGCGACUACAUAAUCUCGCCCACCGGUUCCACCAUAUCGAGGCCCCCUCUUCCUCUUGACACCUCGAGGCAGCCAGUGGUCCGCCUUCCCCCGACUGUUCCCUUUGAGCAGCAGCUGUCGCCCCAGGGGCCAAUCCCUCCCGUGGAUGCCGUCGCCCCUGCGGUUUAUGCCGAGGGUGAUGGAUCGGUAGUCGCCGGGGAGACCUCUAUCAACGACCUCCCCCAACCUCAGGUUCACCCCCUGCCGCAGAAGCCCAACUUCCAAGAAAGCCGCCCUGCCACUCUGCCGAUGCACCAGCCGCGCCCUCAGAAGGCCGUCUCGGUGGAGUCGAUCGAGUCUCCUACCAUGUCUCUGAACCCGCCGCAGCCAUACCAGCAGGCCUUCCACCAGCAGGUCCCUGUGCAGGUCUCGAACAACCUGGGCCAGGACUCGCACCACAGACAUCCGUCGUACCCGUCCCAGCACUCGACUGGAACACCACUGUCGCAGAUCCCGGAGCGCGCCAUCCACGCGGCGCCCUUCCAGCCCAAUGUUUACUCACAACAGCCGCAACCACAACAGCAGGGCUUCUACGGGCAGCCGCCGUAUCCCAUGAUGCAGCCGCAGCCUGGAUACUUCUACCCUCCCGCACCCAACUACGGCGGGGCUAUCCCGCCCUCUGCGGCAGCGCCCGUAUUCGUUCCUGGCGCCCAGCCACCGCCACAGGCCCACCAGCAACCCCAUGGCAUGGGUCAACCGGGCCAUGGUGACGUCGGGGCUGUGCCACACCCCAACGGUGCGGCGCCUGGCAACCCCAACUUGAUCUCGCAGGAGAUCAACGGAACCUUUUACUUUUACGACGCCUCCCAGCUACCCGCCGUCUCUGGGUAUCCAUCAUACGGCGGUCAGCCGUUUGUUCCUGUUGGUAUGCCUGCAAUGAUGGCACCAAGCCCUGACGGAUUCUACUACCCUCCAGGCCCUGCUGGCAUGAUGUACUACCAUCAGUAG